AUGAAGUAUGUCCAGGUGUGCAAAGCACUCUACGACUAUGAAGCUCGCACUGUCGACGAAAUCACCAUCCAUGAGAACGAUGUCUUGUACGUUAUCGAGAAGGAGGACGAUGAAUGGUGGAGAGCCGAGUUAAAGUCAUCAGACGAUUCGCCCCAUAUUGGUCUUGUGCCAGCCAACUAUCUCGCCGAGUGGGAACCUGUUGGUGUUGUGCGUGCUGAAUAUGACUAUACCGCUCAGCAUGAAGAGGAAUUAUCGUUUCAUGAAGGAGAUGAGAUGCUGGUGCUCGAGAAUGAUGAUCCGGAUUGGCUUCUUGUAAAGCACAAGCAUACCAAUGAUGUGGGAUUGGCUCCAAGCAACUAUGUUCAAGAUGCUACUACUACCGCCGCUGCUGCUGCUGCUGCACCACCCGCUACGACGACUACUUCUACCCCAGCAGCAACAGACCACGUUACACAAAGCCCCGUGCAUGAUGAUGCUCACAUAGACGACACUCCUUCAGCACCUACGCCUCCAUCCUUAUCAGUGGACACAUCACGUCAGGCUGAAAUAGCAGCAGAGGAUGAUGCUCAAUCUUGGCUUGUGCACGAAUAUGAUCCCGUCAAAAAGAAGAAAAAGAAGAGCAAGGGCAAUCUGCUUGUGGGAACAGGGAUGCUAUGCUAUGGAAGUGAGACUGAUAAGGCUUUGCCGGUUCAACAACAUCCCAUCUUGGACGUGACAAAGUAUCUUUUCGAUGGCAAAACCUUGCAUAUUGAGAUUGGUGGUCAACAACCCAGUGAGCUACAUCUUCAAGCAUCCUCAAAGUCUGAAGCAAAAGCAAUCAUGGUCAAGAUUUCAGAUUCACGUACAAUCGCUCAAAAGGCCGGUGUUCGUGUUGCUCCAGAAUCAUCAAUCGCUUCGCCCCAACAACAACAACAACAACAACAGGACCAUGAACCAACCCCAGUCAUGCCACCACGUCCAACAGCGGCAGCAGCAGCAGCACCUCCACCUCCAGAACCUGAAUCACGCCAUGCAAUCAUCAUGUAUACAUUUGCAGCAGAAGGGGGUGAUGAGAUAUCCGUUAAUGAAGGUGAUCAUGUGACCGUAUUGAUGGAUGAUCGUCAAGAUGGCUGGUGCACCAUUCGAACUCAACAUGGUGAACAAGGCAUUGUACCAGAGACCUAUGUGGAAAUGCAAGAUCAUGAUAAUGAUGCACCAACAACCAUCAAUGAGCAGCGACCUUCCAUACCAGAUCCUUCACAAACGAUGGCUAUGCAAAGGCAACGUGAAGAGGAACUUCGACGACGACAACAGCAAGAAGAAGAGGAACGUGCACAGCGAGCUCGAGAACGACAAGAAGAAGAGGAAAGGCAGCAAGCAGCCAAGAGAGAACAAGAGGAAAAUGAACGUCGACGAAAGCUUCAGGAGGCUGCUCAAAGAGCUGAAGUAAUGAGACAGCGUCAAUUACAGCAAAGCAAAGCAACGCAACCAUCAUUGCAAAGAGCACCUUCUUCAGCAGCUCGAUCACAAUCGUCAGCACGUGUACAAGAUUUACAGAAGCCUGAUUUCGAUAGAGUACGAACGUGGACCGAUCGUAGUGGUGCGUUUCGAGUCGAUGCCCAAUUUUUGGCGUUCUAUGAUGGCAAAUUCCGUUUACACAAGACCAAUGGUGUCAAAAUUGAUGUCCCUAUGGAUAAGAUGAGCACACAGGAUGUGCAAUGGGUGGAACGGAAGUUGGGACGUAGUAUCAGCAAAGGACGUACUGGAUCGACUAUUAUCCAAGAUGAUGAUGACGCACCUGUAAUGCCUCCACGACCUAGUGCAACUACUGCUACUGCUACGCCAUCGACACCACCACCUGCUGCUGCUGCUUCUUCAUCCAGCAACACUGUUGCCGAACAACCCAAGCCAAUCUUUGCCAAAAAGGAGCCAAAGAAAGUGAACCGAGCGUGGGAUUGGUUUGAUUGGUUUAUGAUGAUUGGCAUUCCAAUGGAGGCAUCACUCAAGUAUUCAGCGAGUUUUCAAUCGGAUAAGCUUGAUGACAGUGAUAUUCCCAAUCUCACCCACAAGAGGAUCAAAAUGCUUGGUGUCUCUGAAAAGCAUACCCGCCGAAUCGAGCGAUACAUUGAAACAGAAAAGGUGGAACCUCUUUCGGAUGAAGAAGGCAAUCAAGAUGAAACGAAUCAACGUAAUGCAGAGAAUGAUGAUGAGGCAUUCGCAAGACGACUUCAUCGUGAAUUGAAUGGUGCGGAUGCUGCUGGUUCUUCUUCUUCAGCUCCUGUGCAAGCUCAACGUCCAUCAGAACCUGAAAAGAAGCAACCACCACCACAACCAGCUAUUCAUCCUGAUUUGGUCGAUUUUGUUGGCACUCAAUUUACAGGAGCUCCCGCUGAACAACAAAAGCAACCUCAGAAAGCUGCAGGUGAUUUGAUUGGAUUUCAAGAUGAUGCUUGGGCUCCUCGCGAUACAUCAUCGAAUUCUCCUUCUCAACCAGCCGCUGUCGAGCAACCACAACCCCCGCAACCACCACAGCAGCAGGCAUCUGCCACUGGUGGAACCACGAUUACCAAUGCUAGACUACAGCAACAAAUCCAAGAGCUACAACAGCAACAGCAACAAAAGCUUCAACAAGAACAGCAGCAACAAAUACAACAGCAAUUGCAGCAACUACAACAGCAACAGCAACAGCUUCAACAGCAGCUUCAAGAACAACAGCUUCGACAACAACAACAACAGCAGCUACAAGCUUCUCAAAUGGUUCAACAAAACAUGACACCACCUAUUCAGCAGCAACCCCAGCCUGUGUUUUCGUCACAACCACCACCACCAAGACAGCGGCCGGUAUCCGCUAUCAAGCAUUUGGCAGAUCCUACCUUGAGUCGUUGGCAGGAGCAAUCUCCACAACAAUCCAUGGCCCAUCUCCAACAACAGCCCACGGGUUAUAUGAACCAACAGCAGAUGAUGCAACCUAAUCUUACUGGUAUUCAACCACCUUAUCAACAACAGCAACAUCAGCUACAUUCUAUGGCUACGGGUCCUGUAUCUUCCAUGCAAUCACCAACAUCCUUUACACAACCAUCGAUUCCCGCUCAUCAACCAAUGAUGCAACCACCACAACAACAACAGCAGCAAUUCCCCAACCAAACAGGUUUUAUCCAGAGCCAACCUACUGCUGGUGGUCGUCAUUGGCAAAUAGCAACGCCUGAUAAUCCUUUUGGAUCACCCAUGGAUGCACUUUCACCUUUAAGCCCUCAACGUACGGGUGCAGUCCAAUUCUCCACACCAAGCACAAGCAUGUUUACGAAUGCCAACUCUGUACAGGCACCACCCCCUGUUAAUUAUUUACAACCCCAAAUGACUGGUAUCCAGGCACAAAUGACGGGUCUGCAACCACAAAUGACCGGUGUUCCAUCAUCGCAGCAGCAUGAUCAAUCAUUUUCUGUUUUUACUCCGGAAGGAUCGUUGGCUUAUGGACAAACUGGAUUUUCCCAACAACAACAACAGAAUCGUGGAUGGUAG